AUGACGAGUCUCAAGAGGGCGCAUGAGCCUGGGCAUCUAGCCUCGAAUAUUUCCAGCAAAACAUAUGUCCGCUCCACCCGCACCGGCAAGGUCCAAAAGAUUGUGAGAGAGGUCUACCUCAGAACAGAUAUCCCCUGCUCGUCGCAGCUGUGCAGGGCGUGCCUCGAGUUUGCUCCUCGCAAUGCUGCUGGUCAGGCUCAACCGUUUGUCCUGUCUGCGAAGCCGGCGGGCACCAAGGCUUUCCCGCGCGGACACUACCUGGUGCCGGACACCAACGCACUUCUAAAUGCCAUGGACCUCUUUGAGCAGAGUUCCGCUUUUUACGACGUCGUCAUCCUGCAGACCGUGCUGGAGGAGCUCCGCAACCGCUCCCUGCCGCUGUACAACCGCCUGAUUUCACUGACCAAGAGCGAGGACAAGCGCUUCUAUGUCUUCUUCAACGACUUUCGCGUCGAGACCUACGUGCAGAGAGAGCCUAAUGAGUCCGUCAAUGACAGGAACGAUCGCGCUGUACGCCAGGCCGUCAAGUGGUACGGCGAGCAUCUCGCAACGCAAGCUGGCAAGGCCACCGCGCCGGCCGUCUUAAUGUUGACCGAUGAUCGCGAUAAUAUUCGCAAGGCGAAGAAGGAAGGAAUCGAAGCAGCUACUCUCAGGGAUUACAUUGGCAGCUUGGCAGACGGUGAAAACCUGCUGGACUUGAUCCCCGAGUCGCAGAGCCAAGGGCGCGAGGAUAUCAACAAGGGCUCUCAGCCACUGUACCCUGAAUACUUUACGAUAUCGCGCAUGAUGACUGGUGUCAAGGCUGGCAUCAUGCACCAAGGCAUCUUCAACGUCUCGCCAUACAACUAUCUCGAGGGGUCUAUCAAGGUGCCGGCCUUUUCCAAACCCCUUAUCAUCCUGGGGAGAGAAAACAUCAACAGAGCUGUCGACGGCGAUGUCGUUGUCGUGGAGCUUUUGCCACAAGAUCAGUGGAAACAACCGUCCACCAAAAUUAUCGAAGAGGACACGGUCACAAAGAAUGAAGAUGCCGAUGCCGAGCAGCAAGACUUCGUCUCGGAUCGCGAGAAGAAGGCGCUACAGGAGCAAGUUAGGCGCACACACAAGAACAGCUCGGAAAGCCAAGCGCAGCCCACUGCCAAGGUUGUUGGCAUCAUCAAGCGCAACUGGCGGCAGUACGUCGGCCACAUCGACCCGUCGUCGGCGAGCAAGGGCCCGAGCCAGGGCCGCAAGCUGGACAGCGUCUUCCUCAUCCCCAUGGACAAGAAGAUCCCCAAGAUUCGCUUGCGCACACGGCAAGUAGCGGAGCUGCUGGGAAAGCGUCUCUUGGUGACGAUUGACGCGUGGGACCGCGACUCAAGACACCCGGUCGGCCACUUUGUGCGGUCGCUCGGUGAGCUUGAAACUAAGGCCGCCGAGACAGAAGCCCUGCUUCUCGAAUGGGAUGUGCAGUACCGUCCGUUCCCCAAGACGGUCCUCGACUGCUUGCCCACAGAGGGCCACGACUGGCAAGUGCCGGCCAGCACCGACGACCCCGGCUGGCGCGACCGCGAGGACUUGCGCGACCUUCUAAUCUGCAGCAUCGACCCCGUCGGCUGUCAAGAUAUUGACGACGCCCUGCACGCCCGCAAGCUCCCCAACGGCAACUACGAAGUCGGCGUGCACAUUGCCGACGUCUCGCACUUUGUCAAGCCCGCCAACGCCAUGGACUCCGAGGCUAGUGUGCGCGGCACGACCGUCUACCUCGUCGACAAGCGUAUCGACAUGCUGCCGCCGCUGCUGGGCACCAACCUCUGCUCACUCAAGCCGUACGUUGAGCGGUACGCCUUUUCCGUACUGUGGGAGCUCACCGACAACGCCGACAUUGUGAGCGCGCGCUUCACCAAGUCGGUCAUCAAGUCGCGCGAGGCUUUUAGCUACGAACAGGCGCAGCUGCGCAUCGACGACGCCGCGCAGCAGGACGAGCUGACGCAGGGCAUGCGCGCGCUGCUGGCGCUGUCGCGCCGCCUCAAGAAGAAGCGCAUGGACGCGGGCGCGCUCAGCCUGUCGUCGCCCGAGGUCAAGGUGCAGAUGGAGUCGGAGACGUCGGACCCCAUCGACGUCAAGACCAAGGAGCUGCUCGACACCAACUCGCUCGUCGAGGAGUUUAUGCUGUUUGCCAACAUUUCCGUCGCCGCCAAGAUCUACGAGGCCUUUCCGCAGACGGCCAUUCUUCGGCGCCACGCCGCGCCGCCCAAGACCAACUUUGACGACCUCGCCGAGCAGCUGCGUGUGAAGCGCGGCCUCGCGCUCCGCACCGACACGAGCAAGGCGCUCGCCGACUCGCUCGACGCGUGCGUCGACCCGGCCGAGCCCUUCUUCAACACGCUCGUCCGCAUCAUGGCCACGCGCUGCAUGAUGAGCGCCGAGUACUUUUGCUCGGGCACCCAGGCCUACCCCGAGUUUCGCCACUACGGCCUCGCGUCCGAGAUUUACACGCACUUUACCUCGCCCAUCCGCCGCUACGCCGACCUGCUCGCGCACCGGCAGCUCGCGGCCGCCAUUGGCUACGAGGCCGUGCACCCCGCGGUGCGCAGCCGCGGCCGCCUCGAGGCCGUCUGCAAGAACAUCAACGUCCGCCACCGCAACGCGCAAAUGGCCGGCCGCGCCUCGAUCGCCUACUACGUCGGCCAGGCCCUCAAGGGCCGCGUCGCAGAAGAGGACGCCUUUGUCAUGCGCGUCUUCAGCAACGGCCUCGUCGUCCUCGUACCGCGCUUCGGCAUCGAGGGCCUGAUUCGCCUGCGCGACCUGGCGACGCCCGAGCCCGAGAGCGAGUUUGACGCCGAGACGUUUACGCUCACGACGACGGGCAGCCGUGCCCUCAAGGUGGAGCUGUUCCAAAAGGUCAAGGUCAGAGUCCACGAUGAAAAGGACGAGAAGACGGGCAAGCGCGGCGUCAAGAUGGAGCUGAUUAGCACGUGA